UGAUGAGUCGCGUUCUACAACUUGAUGUGUGUGGAGGAGGUUCAGUUUUUUUUUUCGCGAAAAUUCAAACUCUUGUUUGAAGUUUUGGGACGGCCGUCAGUAGGUUCUGGUAGUUCGGCGUAGAUUAGUCGUUCCGUGAGUACUCGGCUGGAAGGUUUGUUCGGCAAGAAUCGAGGCAAGAUUAAUCUGUUUACCUGAAAUCAAGCUAGAUUGGGGGUGUAUAUUUGUGCAUUAAUCAGAGUAACGAGUGUUGACUAACUAAGACUCCGGCUCCUGUUCCGGAUUGUCGCGUAGCAAGUGGUUCCAAAAGAGUGUCCUUUUUUUCUCUCGUGAAUCUUCCGCCGAAAAGGUGAUCUCUCACCCUGUUAAUUGGAUUAAUUGAGAGUGAACAAGUGUCUAUCGACUCAGCUUCGCCGUGAAUGUCGUGGCCAUCGAGUUGGAAGAUUCCGUUCCAUCUACCGGAGGAAAGCAACUAGGAGAUGCAUCCGGCUCGGGAUGGUCAACAAGGACGCCGCUGAAGUCGGACCAAAUUGAUGACGAAAGCAAACAGGAAUAAUGAAGCACAAUUUGGGCGCAGUCCGGACGAUGGCCACCUUGGCGGGUCUGGUCCUUGCCGGAAUGGCGACGGCCGGGUACGGCAGUGAUCCGCAUUUGUUCGAGAAUAGAGAUGGCUACAUAAUUGGCAAUUAUCUGCACGCUUCGGAGCAGGACAUCCGGGACUUUUUCUGGACCGGUUCGGGGGACGGCCCGGCCGCGCUAAAUCCCUUCGACCGGUUUCCAAUCAGUGAAGAUGCAAUCAUUAAAACGGCCACCGUCGUGGCCACGGUCUAUAUCGACCGGAGCAACGAAGGUGGCGGUGGCGGCCAUGGCCCGGGGGAUGAUUUGUGCAUCUUCGAUUGUCCUCCGGGGGGUGGUGACGGAUUGGAUGGCACCAUCGACAAUGUCACCCCCACCGAUCGGCGCUUCUGGCUGAUGACGGUCGUCGGGGGACUCUUUGGGCGGAAGGAUUAUCCUGAGUUGGAGGGGAAGCUGGCCCGACUGUACCGGGUGGCGUUCACCAGACAACAGGCCUUACAUCUGGGCAUCAACAACAACACCCUUCACGGUGGUCGGCAAUCUUCGUCUUCUUCCUCGCUGGCAUCGGCCAGAACCAUGAAACUGUUGGCUAAGCGACGGGCCAAACGGAGGGCUUCGUACGACGGAGCAGUUGGUUUGAGGAUCAGUGACGGCCACCGUCAGGCAGUGAACGACGUUUCAAGAGGCGGCGGCAGGAAUGUCCUGGUGAAUGAACAUGUCCAAACGUACGAGCAGCAGUUCCGGCGACGAAGGCGUAGGAAAAAACUCCACAAAAGGGAUGCCGACGAUGAUGGGUCAUCCGGUGAGGAAGACGAGGACGACGGCCAGAAGGUGGUGGUCGUGUCCGAGAGCGGGUUGAAGGAGGACCGGGAUGAACACAUGCAGCAGCUGCAACGCACCCCCGGCGACGGUGACGAUGCACCUCGGAACCAGCAGGACAUCACCGUGGACCAGAACGCCGGUGGAACGGGACCACUUACGCGUAAUUAUGACAAGGAUGCUUACUCGUCGUCGGGCAAGCGUCGGGUCCGGAUUCUGAUACACAACACCAGCCACUUGCGCGACGACGAUGACAAUGACGAGGACCUGCCGGCAUCGAUGACUGUCGACUCGCCGAGAUCAAACCAAUUACUGAACCAGACCGAAAUCAUCUACUCGGUGUUCGUCGGAGGUCAACCGGUGCUGGCGACGACGGCCGCCGAAGAUAUGAAACUUAUGUCCCAGGAAGAGGUCGAGCACGUCAUGGAGGCGAUGGUUUACUUGAAAGCGGAUCCCUACCUGAAGGAACCCCAGGCCACACCGCUCAUCCCGUCAACGUACAACGGCAACUCCUCGAACGUGAUUGCCCUGAUCGGCCAGAACCCGACGCUGUUUGUGGUGUCGUGCGUGGCGGCCGCCCUGUUUCUGGUGCUGCUGAUUGGCAUAUUCCUGGUGGCCCGCGGCAAACGGAAGCAUGUGACGGAGCUCAAGAAACUGGAAUCAACGCAAGCUCUAGUCAUGCCUGGUAGCUCCGGAGGAGAUGACCUCAAUACGGUUCGUUCGGAAAGUGGCAGUAGUCAUGCCUCUCCGCUAACUCGUGACCCAUCGGCGGUCAGCGUAAUCGGAUCCGUCCCGACAACGCAGAAGCCAUCUCCAACGAUCCACUUUCCACUGCCACCGAUGUCCAGACCAACAUCGUCCUCCAGCUAUUCGUCGGACUCGUCGGUUUACUACCCGAAACGGAAGCUGAAGCAUCACACCCAGGAACUGCUGGACGAGCGGGCGGUCACGUUGACGAACAAGCUUCAGAAGCAGUUUGGAUCGCUGGCCGGAGCUGAAAACGUGUACGCUUCGGUUCAGAAACCUAAGAAGGAACAUCCGCACAAGCGGCGUCGGAAAUACUUGGGCGAGAAUCGGGUGGGUUCCUUCGAGGGAGCGAUGCUGCACGCCCCGGGAAGUCCCAUAACGAGCAGUGAGACGCAAAGCGGCAGUGGUUCCAGCGAACAGUCGUACGACCCGCAAGCGGUGGCCAAGUCUCCGCCGUACCAACACAACGAAACCUACAACACGGACGUGAUCAUGAAGCACUACCUGAAGAAGAAGGUCCAGCACGGUCACUACAACGCUGGGUUCACGAUGGAGCAGCAGCAGCACGCGGGUCCGAUCGAGGCGUUCAACAAGGACAAGAUCCGGUGCAUGGAGAUGGGCGGUCGCGCUUCGGUUGACACUGGAAGUAUUGGGUCGUACCUGAGCAUGGCGUCGGUGAAGAGUUUUCCGAGAUGCUUCGUCCCGGAACCAUUGAGUCGCGUGCUGGAGCCUGUCACGAUGACCCACCUAGAUCAAUCGGAGGGUGGUUACGGAGAUAAGUCCACAGCGCCAGGGACGGCCUCCACUAGUCAGUACAACACCGAUACGGAAGCGCAUUUGUCGCGAUCUCAGAGUGAUGGCGCGGAUCCCGGGGUGGUCGGACCAAUCGUGUGGCAAAUGCACAAGAAGGAGAUGGAAGAAAUGACUAGUCCCCUGCGUGACCCGGUGGUCACGAGGAAUCGCUUCGAAGGCCUCCUCGAGGGUGCCAUCCAACUCUACUCGGAACCGGCGGACAAGGAGGAAGCCAACAAACACUCGAUCCCGCUACCCGGUGUGAUCCGGCCACCGGUGGAAACCCGCGGCAAGUCGGCGGCCGUUGUAAGAUCACCCCGCAGGGAGUCGUCCCGGGCGUGCUCGGCCACGGUUCGGCCCGUCACGGCGGCCGGCCAGGCGGUCCGUAACAAGCUGGAAAGCUCCGGUCCACCUUCACCCGGACGGGGUGCCUGGGGCAGCGGAGCUCACUCGCCGCUGGUGCGACCCAUGAGUGCCGGACCGUUCCACACCCCGCUGGCCCCCCAAAUCGACAUCACCCGCGUUGUGGCACCGCGGACGGUGCUCCAGUCGACGGAACUGUCCACGGCACCGCUGCUGCAGAACAUCAUGCACGAACUGAAACGGUUCCGGAACGAGUGAACUUAAAUUAACCUAAUCCAGCAAAGGUGAAACACUGCCAAUUUUGUGGUAGCCUGCGUUUUACUAUUCCUAUCCUAAUUUACUACUCCUAGCUAUCGUGCAGGUUUUUUCAUGUAGAACAACUUUACACUUGUAAGACCUAGACCUAAGAACAAACCUUUAUACAUUUAAGAAACGGUAGAAAAAAUUACACAAUGAAUGUAAACUAGUUUUUUCUCCCCCCAAGAGCAAUAAACGGAAUAAGCUGUGAAAA